AUAUCAUCUCGCCUUCCUUUCUUUUCCUCUAUAAACGUCUUUUCCUCGAUAAAGAUUUUAUGUUCGCCCUCGCAAAGCUAUAACACUACUUAAGGGACACAAUGAGAUCAACAAUUAUUAUCCCCCGCCUCAGAGCAUUCCAUCCUACUCUCCGUCUCUCAAGACACCCACAAAGAUACACCUCCACAUCCACUUCGCAACCGACACAACCGCUCUCCACUCCUGCCCCUGAACCUACUCCGGCUUCCAUUUCUGAACUACCCACAUUAGGGGUUCUGCCUACUAUCAAACCUGCACAUAUCACUCGCCAACAAUUAGAGAAACUCCACACCCUCUCGGCGUUAGCAGCUCCACCUGCUGGGUCGCAGGAAGAGAAGCAGCUCUUAGACGGGCUAUCAGAGCUGGUAGGAUUGAUGGAACUGGUCAAAGAAGUAGAGCUACCGCACGAGGAGAUUGGGGGAUUACUAGCGGAAGGGGUUGGUUCAGUUUGGAUAAGAGAGAUUGAUCUCCAAGAUGAGAAAAAAGCGGAGAAUGUCAACGCAAGGGAGAAAUCUGGGCAAGAGCUCUUGGAUUGGAGCCCAACACGGCUGGGAGAUUACUAUUCAUCGGCAUUGAAAAAGUGAGAAGAAAGAGAGAUGAUGCAUUUACAUCCUGCUGUCGCUAUAUA